GCCGCGUGCUGUUAUCGGGCUACACGGAUGGGUGCCCCACAUGUAGGAGCAAAAAUCAACCCGAUAUCUGACGGCAAAUCACCAUUUUUAAUGACUGGAUGUGUCGGUGAAAAGCUACACAAACCUUUGUACUCAGAUAUAGUUCUGAACAAUACCAUUGGGCGCAUGCUUAGAAAUCGUGGAUAAUUUGGUAGAAAUUGCUCUGAGACCAUGAGUUGCAGAUGGGGGACGGAGCUGUGGGACCAGUUUGACAACUUGGAAAAACACACCCACUGGGGCAUUGAGUUUGUGGAGAAGUAUACAAAAUUUGUCAAAGAGAGAUCUGAAAUUGAAAUCAGCUAUGCAAAGCAAAUCAGAAAUCUAUCGAAAAAAUAUCAGCCCAAGAAAAACUCAAGAGAGGAAGAUGAAUACAAGUACACGUCCUGUCGGGCCUUCCUGAUGACCCUGAACGAGCUGAACGACUAUGCGGGACAACACGAGGUCAUGGCUGAGGAUCUCACCACUCACAUCAUCUGUGAGCUGACGCGAUACAUCCAGGAGUUAAAAGCAGAGAGGAAAUCGCAUUUCCAUGAUGGCCGCAGAGCUCAGCAACACAUUGAGAAUUCUUGGAAACAACUAGAAUCCAGUAAACGGAGAUUUGAGAGAGACUGUAAGGAGGCGGAUAGAGCCCAGCAGUACUUCGACAAGAUAGAUGCUGACAUCAACGUGACUAAAGCAGACGUCGAAAAGCGGUGCUAUCUCAAGGCCAGACAUCAGGCCCAGAUGAAACACCAAGUGGCAGAGGACAGCAAGAAUGAAUACCUCACCUUCCUGCAGAAGUUCAACAAAGAGCAGAAUGCACAUUAUCAUACCCUCAUACCUCACAUCUUUCAGAAACUACAGGAGAUGGAAGAAAAACGUAUAGAGAGAGUGGGAGAGUCUAUGAAGACUUACGCAGAGGUCGAUCGGAAAGUGCUACCUAUUGUUGGCAAAUGUUUAGAUGGCAUGACCAAAGCAGCAGAAUCCAUAGAGCCAAAAAUGGACACCAAGCAUGUGGUGGAAUCCUACAAGUCUGGCUUCGAGCCACCCGGCGACGUAGAGGUUGAGGACUAUAGUCUGUCUAUGAGGCGGACAGUGUCAGAGUCCAGCUAUCUAAACUCGCAAGGGGAGAGCAAGCCCAGCCGCAGCAACAGCAGGGGAAAACUGUGGCCUUUCAUCAAGAGAAACAAGCUUAUGUCUUUGUUAGCUUCCCCACGCCAACCACCCCCUCCCCCACCUACCUCCCCAUCACCUGCUGCCGUGCACAACGGCCCCCAGUCUCCCCAGCAACCCAGUGAGCCCCUCUCCCACCGCCUCAACGAGUUCAUGACCUCCAAACAUAAAAUGCAAUGCUUAAGGAGUCUGAAGCGUGGGCUUUCUCUCAAGCUGGGUUCUGGCCCUGAAGAUUGUAGUCACCUGCCUCCUGAACAGAGGAGGAAGAAGCUCCAGGCCAAAAUCAAUGACAUCAACAAGGAAAUACAAAAAGAGAUGGAUCAGAGGGAUGCUCUGUCUAAAAUGAAGGACGUGUACGUGAAGAACCCACACAUGGGGGACGCCAACAGUGUGGACCCACGAUUAGAGGAGAUCUGCCAAAAUACUGACAAGUUACAACUGGAUGCAAGGAAAUAUGAAGCCUGGCUGGUAGAGGUGGAGACCAGGUUAGCAGAGAAGAGUGACAAACACAGACCACCAAGUGGAUUGUACAACUCCCAGACUACUACAACAGUGAACAACAACUGUGUACAUGUCAACCGAGAGAGCCCGGACGGAAGCUACACAGAGGAUCAUAGCACAGAGCAUCACCUCAAAUCUCGGAGCACCGACUUUGAUGACGACUUUGAUUACGAGGACCCACUCCCCACUAUCGGAACCUGCAAAUCACUCUACCCUUUCGAAGGUCAGAACGAAGGCACCAUUUCCAUGACCGAGGGGGAGCUGCUGUAUGUCAUCGAGGAGGAUAAGGGUGAUGGGUGGACGCGGGUGCGCAGGAACGAGGAUGAAGAGGGAUACGUACCCACAUCUUACAUCAAGGUCUUUUUCGACACAAAUGCCAAAGGUGCUAUGACAUACAUAUAAUUGUCAUUGUUUGAGAGAGGGGAAAUGGGUGGAGCAGCAAAAACAAAUAUCCUGACAUUUCAAACCCCCUGAACUCUGGUGUUUCAGAAAUAUCACAGAAUCAUUUGAGACGGAACUCUCAGAACAACGGACUGUAUUUACAUUUAUACUUUAUGCUUUUUAAGUUCUACCAUUUUGCACCCGUUGAAACUGAUUUUGGAAAAGUGUUUGUUUGUGUGUAUGAAGACGUGUGGAUGUGAUAAGUUGUCAGAACCAAGUUAAGUUGUCUCGACCCCACUGUCGACAUCAGCUACGCCUUGCUUCUAGCACUAAUAAUAAUAACCAAUGUCAAUUUAUUGAUUUAUUUGACCAACAAAAUACAGUUUCUCAUAUUAGAGAGUAUUGCAUCUAAACAUAUCAAUUCCUAUUUGGAAUAGCUAUUAUUGCAUGCCUAAAGGGAGGCUCGUUAUGCUCUGCCAGCCUGCACUGCAUAUCAGCUACGCUUUGCUUCUAGCACUAAUAAUAAUAACCAAUGUCAAUUUAUUGAUUUAUUUGACCAACAAAAUACAGUUUCCCAUAUUAGAGAGUAUUGCAUCUAAACAUAUGAAUUCCUAUUUGGAAUAGCUAUUAUUUCAUGCCUAAAGGGAGGCUCGUUAUGCUCUGCCAGCCUCCACUGCAUUGCAUUAACAGUACAUCGCAAAUCUGCACUUGAGCAACCGUCAUUGGCAGGAGAUUACUGAAAGAUUGCCUCUCUGCUUCACAAAUUAAAUCAGUUGUUGCAUGUGGCAUGUUUCAAAGAGGACAUGCCUGUUUACACAGUAAAGGUAAAGAACAUGGCUUGCAUGUUAUCUUGAUUAGGAUGGUACAACAGACUAGUAACAUAUUCUCUUCUACAAACUGUUGUUGACUCUCCUCCAAAAUCUGACAAAGGGGCUUCAUUGAAGCGCCUAAAUUACUGAAUGCUGUGCCAGGUUUACAGUGGUGUUCUCGACAGACAAACGUUCAUUUCAUUCUGAGACACAUGGUAACGCACCCACCACCAUUCUAUCAUUGGCAUGUGAUUCAUUUAUUUUUUUAGAAUGAAUAAUAUAUCCCUGCUUUGCUUUUUUUAUUUGAUACGAAGUUGUUCUGCAUGCUUGAGCCAAUUGAUAAGUCAAAGUAUGUCAAAUCAGAUGAAUGAACAUAGUAUGGCAACCAGGUGAUAUUCCUCUGUUUGGAAAAUGAUUAACACAUGUAGCCUGAAGUUUUCAACUCUAGAGAAACGUAAUCUGCCACAAUCAUUUUCAGAAUGUGAAGGAAUGUCAUGGAAUGACUUUCCUCGUGUCUUGAUGCAUCACCUCUAACAUGUCGUGUCAUUUUUGUUUGUUUGCUUUUUUUGUUUGCUUUUUUUCUUAUUGCAGAUUCCUAAAAGUCUUUGGCUCGCACAGGGAUGGCAGGGCACAGGUCCUUCAAAAAGCGCCCUCCUCUUAAAACUGUAGUCAGAGAGACGACAGACUAAAGGGACAAGUUGCAAGGCAGUCCAGUUUGCGACCCAGUACAGGAAUCCAUUGUGGGGUUCUGUUGAAUGGAG